AUGUAAUUAAUAAAGAAUCCAAAUCAAAACCAUCUUCAUUAACAUACUAGAAGUCAUUCUUUUAAUAAAUCAUAUUCAUCUAAAUAGCCUACUGCCAAUUUACCAAUAUUACUUAGACAAUAAACUACUUUUACAAAAAAUAAAAUUAAUAACGAAAAUGAUUCUAGUCUUGCAAACUAAAAUACAGAAAUUUUAGGUGAUUUCAUGUUACCAUCAUUUAAAUAUACAAAAUAAUAGAACAUUAAAUUGGCAGAUGAACUUACAGAAAAAAUCUCAUCGUUACGCAAUACUACAAAUUUAAACAUUGUUAAACAAAUUGCUAGAAAAAGAAUUAAAACAUAACAUAGUGAUUUAGAAAGUUCUCUAAUAUCAACUUAAAGAUUGAUUACAGAUCCUGGAAUCGUUGUUCCAAAGAAAUCUCAAAACAAUCAAUUAUUAAUAGAUAGAGAAUAAGUUUAUGAAGAAGGAAUUAAACUACCUUAUAGACUUUAUAUGAUAAAUAAAAAAAGAAAAAACUUUAUAUCUUAAAUAUUAACAAAUACAAAUACUAAUAAUAUAGUUUUAAAUAAUUAGAAUACUUCUAAAAACAAAGAUUAAGCAGAAUAAUUGGUUGCCUAAAUUAAAUCAACUUAAUAAUAAAAAUCUAUAAAGGCUUUAACAUCCAAGAGUUACAUGAAUAAUGCAUUUUACUCUUUAUUGGCCUUAAAUAAAUGUUCAUAAGAAGCUGUUAAAUUAAAAUAUAGAUAAAAUCUGCCUAAGGAUUCUAGAUUUUAUUUGAUGUGA